AUGGAUCGAGAACCUUGUCCUUGGCGUAUUGUGGAUGAUUGUGGUGGUGCAUUUGCUUUAGGAGCAAUCGGUGGUACACUUUUUCAUUCAAUUAAAGGAUUUCGUCAUGCACCGAGUGGUCAAUAUCGACGUUUACUGGGCAGUUUAAAUGCAGUAAAACAACGAGCACCUCGUGUUGGAGCAUCGUUUGGUGCAUGGGGAUGCAUAUUUUCAUUGGCUGAUUGCAGUUUUGUUUAUUUGAGAAAAAAAGAAGAUCCAUGGAAUUCUAUUAUGAGUGGUGCGUUAACUGGUGGAGUUUUACAAGCUCGACAGGGACCCGGUCCUAUGCUGGCUUCAGCUAUUCUUGGUGGAUUUAUUCUUGCCAUGAUUGAAGGAACAAGUAUAUUGAUUAAUCGAUAUAGUCAAAUGCUUAUGCCACAACCUGGGCAAGAAGAACCUCCGCUUGAUCUUAAUAAAGGCAAAGUCGAUCUUUCGAUGCCACCAAUUUUCAGUUCAUCUCCUGGACAAUCUACGUCCAGUAAUUAUUCAUGA